AUGAGCCCAAAGGCGUUGUCCCCGCGCGCGAAAAGGAGCGCCUGUGACUUCAAGCGACCGCUACAAGGUCGAGAUAUCAACGCCUACCGAUAUGCAGAGGCAGUCAAGCAUGAGGUGGAAGAUGACUCCAGCAACGUGAGCCCCAAGAUACUCGAGGCAUUAGGAGUCAUGCAAGAUCGCAUGGCUUGCCUUGAGAUUUCCUAG